UUGGUGAAAUGAAAAACAUCAUUCUACUUGAAACCCCACACGGUGUACGAAUACAUGCAAUUUGACAAAAUACAUCCGCCAAUAAUUAGUUCACCAUCACCACAACAACAACAACAACAACAACAAGAAAUUAAGUAUAGCUAGCUAACUAGAGCUAAGCUCAGCAACACAAGAAAGAAAAUUUUUCAAAAGAUCUAUCAACAAAAGUUUGGAAUAUUAGAAGAAAAAAAGAAUUAAAGUGGAGAAUUAAUGGAAAGGGGUGGUGCAGAAAGGGAUCAUCAGUUAAACAACUACAAUUUACAAGUUUCUUUCUCAUCAUCAUCAGUAGCAGCUAAUAAUAUCCAUGAAUUGGGAUUUGUACACUUUGCAGAUCAUAACUUGAGUUUCUUAGCUCCUUCAUCACAAUCUUCUCAAAUAUCUCAGCCACUUCAAGCCGCCAGCGUCAGCGUUACGCCACCUACCACUAUCAACACAAACGUUGCAGCUGGCGGCUCGAAUAACGUUACUGGUGGUCUAGGGUUUAGCCACAAUGAACUUGUCAUCAAUAGAUCUUCUUGGAACAGUGACCAGGUGGAAACACUAGAUCCCAAGGCUGUUAAUGACGAAAAUUGCGGCGGUAAUGCCAACGAGGGUAACAAUUCAUGGUGGAAGACUUCAUCUUCAGACAAAGGAAAGGUGAAGAUAAGGAGAAAGCUAAGAGAACCAAGGUUUUGUUUCCAAACAAGAAGUGACAUUGAUGUUCUUGAUGAUGGAUAUAAAUGGAGAAAAUAUGGUCAGAAAGUUGUCAAGAACAGUCUUCAUCCCAGGAGUUACUAUCGGUGUACACAUAGUAAUUGUAGAGUGAAGAAAAGAGUUGAAAGACUAUCAGAAGAUUGCCGUAUGGUAAUAACUACCUAUGAAGGUAGACAUAACCAUUCUCCUUGUGAUGAUUCUAACUCUUCUGAUCAUGAUUGUUUCACCUCUUUCUAGAAUUAAAUAUUAUUAUUAUUAUUAUUACUAUUACUAUCACAUCCACCUUAAUUCUGUAUAUAUUUAUAUACAUUCCACUUUUAGCUUUCAGACCAUCAUAUAUUAUUAUAGCUUUAUAAGGAACACCAACAAUUAUUGUCACAGCGGAUCAUAUAAUAUAUUGUGCCUAGCUUCAUGUUGCUAUGGAGUAUGGACUAUGGUGGAUUUUACUAGUGGUUAUGCAAGAGUUUUUCUUUUUCCCUUAUUAUGUAUGGCUCGAUACAUUAUGUAGCCAAGACCGUACCAUAUGGUCUAGAAACUUGGCUAUUAGCUACCAGGGUUAGCGAGGAACAAACUGUAUGUUGUUAUUGUGAGGGACUUUGCGACAUUGUCCCUCAUAUACAAAUUAAAUCUUUUAAUUUUCUUUUUAAAUUAUGCAUAAUUUAUAUAUAUUGAAUAGCGGACAUUUCUCA